AUGGCCAACAAUACAUGGGCACGCCGACGUCCUGGCGCCUCGUCCAGAAUGGGCCCAGGGACCGCCUACGAGAUGCCGCUCCGACAGCUCGCAGCACCGCAACCCCACGACUCCCACCCUUCUCUCGGCCACCUGGUCCUCCUCGUCUUCAAGGCUGUUCUCGAGGUCGUGUGCGUCAACUUGCCUGGCUACAUCGUCGCACGAUUGGGGCAUUUCGAUGCCGACAAACAAAAGUUCCUCGCCAACCUCUAUGUUAUGCUCUUCACACCUUGCCUGAAAUGCGGACUCAAGGACGUACUCUUCACUAAUCUGGCAUCACAUCUGAACGCCGACAAGCUGGUUGAACUUGCAGUCAUACCCGUCAUCUUUAUCGUCCAGACACUCGUUUCCUACGUCGUCGCCACCGGUGUUUCGCGAGCAUUCGGUUUCAACAAACGAGCGUCCAACUUCGUCACCGCCAUGGGCGUCUUUGGCAACUCCAACUCUCUGCCGAUUUCUCUCGUUCUGUCGCUGUCGCAGACGCUAAAGGGUCUCCACUGGGACAGGAUACCCGGCGAUAACGACGAUGAGGUGGGCGCUCGCGGCAUCCUCUACCUCCUCAUCUUCCAGCAGCUCGGACAGUUGGUUCGAUGGAGCUGGGGUUAUCACGUCCUCCUGGCGCCCAAGGACAAGUAUCCCGAAUAUCAGAAUGAGCGGGUCGAGGAGGGUCGCUACACGGACGAGCAAGAUGCACGCGAGGCGGACGCGCUUCUGCCUGGCUUUGAAGGCGACACGGCUGCCAACUCUCGCUCGCCCUCGAGCAGCGAUCUGUCGCAAUACGAGCCCGGCGGUCGCACCCCGUUGCCCACCAGUCCCAGAUCUCCUUGGUCGAUUCCGACACGGAUGACGAGAGCCAACCUUUCAUCGCGAAGAAGGCUGCGUCACCAACGCCGUGCAGUCCAGCGUAACGUGGCCGUACCUCUGAUCCUGGUCGUCCUCGGCGCCAACCUGGCCCGCAACACGCAGAAGAGCGAGAAGCAACGUGAUCCUGAGGAGGACAUUAUCGGCCAGAAGCUCCUCAUCGCUUCGCUCAUCUGCCGUAUGCUUCUCCCCACACUCAUCAUGGCCCCCAUCCUCGCUGUCUUCGCCAAGUACGUGCCCGUGAGCAUCCUUGACGAUCCCAUUUUCGUCAUCGUGUGCUUCCUCCUUACGGGUGCCCCGAGUGCCCUGCAGCUGGCCCAGAUUUGCCAGAUCAACGAGGUCUACGAGGGCGUUAUGUCGAAGAUUCUCUUCCAGAGCUACGUCAUUUGGAUCCUUCCCUCCACCCUCGUUCUUGUUAUGUGUGCCCUUGAGGUUGUCGAGUGGGCCCAGCUCGGCUAG